GAGAAAGAGCGUAAGUUUGAAGAAACCAAUCAUGGCGCUAAUGCUUCCAUCAUUUAAUCCGGAAGUACCGUGCUUAUGUACAAUCCUGGGAGGUUUGCAACCGGGAAAAAAAAUUAUUAUCCAAGGCACUUUAACGGGAGAAAGAUUUAAUGUCAAUUUACAGUACGGUCCAGAAGAUGAUCCCCGGGACGACACUGCACUGCAUAUUAGCUUACGACCCAGGGACGGUCGAAUUGUGCGCAACACUUAUGCAGAACAGUGCUGGCAGGAUGAGGAACGAUCUGGUGGCUGCCCCAUAGGUAUAGACGAUCCAUUCACGUUGGAAAUCAGGGUAAAGGAUACACAUUAUUCGGUUUACAUCAAUGAUAUUAAGUACUGUACCUUUACCCAUCGUAUGUCCUUCGAAAUGGUAAACUUUAUUCAUCUUGGUACGGGGGCAGUCAUCGAUUCUGUGCUAGAGACAUACUAAGUAAUUCAUGAAUGUUGGAUUGACGAGUCUAAAUGUAAAGACG